CAUUAUUUUCAUAUGUUCAUUUCAGGAAAAUUGGUAGCAGCGUCACAACGGUGGAUUUCUGUUUGAAACAAAUUGACAUUAAACUUUCACAAAAGUGUACUUUUUAGUCGAAAUGGCUGCAAACUUUAAACAUUGGAAAUCACAAUUUCAUAUCUUAACAUGGAAUGUAAGCUCAAAGUUUCCCGAAAAUUUACCGGUACAUAUACUGUUGGGAUUGGAGAAGAAAGCCGAUAAGGACACACACCGGCCGGAUUUGUUCGUGAUAGGACUACAAGAGAUAAACAGCCAGCCACAGAGUAUGGUCAAAGGUUUAUUCAAAGACGAUCCAUGGACACAACGAUUUAAGGAGUUACUUAAUGAGCGUGGAUAUGUUGCAAUCAAAUCGUUGCAAAUGCAAGGUUUGCUUUUGGUCAUUUUUUCAAAGCGACAACACUUACUGCAUGUACGCGAAGUCGAAACCGAAUACACUCGAACUGGUCUAGGGGGCAUGUGGGGAAAUAAAGGAGCAGUGUGCGUUCGAUUUAAAUUGUAUGGCGUAUCUGUUUGUUUAGUAAACUCACAUUUGGCUGCUCAUGAUCACAUGCUGGACGAACGAAUUAAAGAUUUUGAAAAGAUUGUUGACGAGCACAAAUUCCAUAUUAAAAAAACACAAACUAUUUUUCAACAUGAUUAUGUUUUUUGGUUUGGAGAUUUAAAUUUUCGUUUGACCAAAGAGGACGACCUCUCACAAAGUGAUAUUAAGAAACUUGUUGAUCAAGAUCGACUCGAAGAACUGAUACAACUCGAUCAGUUAUCGAUGAUUCGACGUCAAGGCCGUGCAUUUACGCGAUUGGAAGAACGACUACCGGCUUUUCCGCCAACAUUUAAAUUUGAACAUGGAACAUCUGACUAUGAUAUGAAACGACGACCAGCUUGGUGUGAUCGAAUUCUAUACAAAACGCCGGAAAAUACCUUCAAAAACAUGGAAUUAGUUACCGAACAAACAUCGUACCGAAGCCAUCCACAAUUCACAAUAAGUGACCAUAAACCAGUCACCAGUGAAUUUACGAUAAAUGUUUAUGAAGAUCCAACCGAUAAAUUUGUUGAAUUUACACCGUUGCAUAUAUGGAAAAUUGGCGAAGAAAAUACCAUCGAGUACAAAUUACCGAAUGGCUUUGAUGAAGCGCACAGUGAUUGGAUCGGAAUUUACAAGGAGAACUUUGACACCUUAGAUGAUUAUAUCUCUUAUGAAUAUACGUCACGAAGUAAAGCACCAAGCGGUGAUUAUGCACACGAUCAAGUAAUAUACCAUUUGGAGUUUCCUGAUACGGUCGAUCUUGAAGAAGAUCAUCGAUUCGUUCUAUUGUACUUCCAAAGCACCAAAAAUGUCACCAGUUUGGUUGGAAUCAGUGAACCAUUCAAAGCCGAAAAACGAUGUCCAUCGCCUCGAUUCGAUUCCGUUGAUUAGAUUUAGUUGUUUUUCACAUAUUUCCAACACAGAUUGGCUGUUAUCAACAAAGAAAAAUGACACGACUAAAUUUGACUACAAUGAGUACAAUUGUCGCUGGACUUCAAUUAGAAUAUUGUCUGUUUCACAUGUUUAGUAAUUCUAUUGUUGUGCAGGAAAAUUACCAAAUCGUUUUGAUCGCUUUAAUCAAAUGUGUUAAUGUCACAAAUUCACAUCGAAAUUGAUAAAAUUGGAAAAUGUUACAAAAAUUAAUAGAAAAACUGCACGAAGAAUUAACAAUGCUUUCGACUCAAAUUCAUAGAAUUGUCGCCUUAUUAUUCUUCAAUAUUCAGUUUUAGAUACGUUCAUUUAUUCGCUUCGCAGCGUCAACAGUCUUUUAAAUAUCGAUUGCUUCGUAAUUUUAUACUAUUUUUGAAAAUAUGUUUGUCUGCCUGUCGAUCAUUUCAAUCAUUUAUUUAUUUACAUUAAGCACUAAUUUAGCGAUGGAUAAUUCAAAGCCUUAAAACGUACUAUGUAAAUUACACACUGUUAUCUCUGUAUGCGAAGACAAAUCUGACGCAACAGCAAACAAAGAUAUCGACACAUUUGUUGUGAGUUUGCAAAUCGUAGAUUAAUUGAAAUGAAAUAAUAAGGACUAUAUUUCAACCAUAAGUGCAAUCAAAGCAAUUCUAUAUAAAAGUGUGACUUGAAUGUUCUAUUUUCAUAUUCAUUUUAAUUUUUAUAUGUUUU